UUGAUUUGAAAUAAAGUCUUGAUCUUUGUUGUGUUUCUUUCCCUUUUCUUGUUGCUGGUUGAACUUGGUUUUCGGGGUGGGUACCAACAAUUCCUCUUUCUCUUAAUCUCUAUCUCAUAGUGGCUAAUUUAACUAAGGACUUACAUAAAACUUGUUGUGCUCUUCACUGCUGCUCUAGCUCAUACUUACCCUCGAUUAUUGGACUUGUUUUAUACCUUUGGUUAAUUUGUAAGAAAAGAUCAUACUCCCUUACAUUACAAUGUAGUAUUUCUUGAUUUUGCCUGUAUAUUUGUGAAAAUAAUUAGGUUUGUUUCUUGAUAAGCACCCCCCCCCCCCCCUUUUUCCUAUUCCUCUUCGACGAUUCUAAUUACAGUUGUUGCAAUGAAGGUUCAGUUAUCUAAUUAUGUCGUGAACACCAGGAAAAAAGUCUUCUCGUUCUGCAUCAUUUAGAGAUAAAAAAUAAAAAUAAAAAGGAUUUGAGAAUUUCCCUCGGCCUUUAGAAAUAUCGAGUCAUGACUUGGGAUAUACUCACUCUCUUUUUCUCAACGCUACCUAGUUACUUGACUUCAGACAUGUGUUCAGCUCUUGUUUAUAAGGAAUUAUAUGCCAUUUUGUAAUGUAAAACAAAUGGACCUAUAUCCUUAUUUAGGGCAACUUUGGCUGUCACUUCCAACCCUUGUGGUUUCUAUGCUAACCGGCUAAAAUAGAGUCCAAGGUUUUAAUCCUUGUUCCUCUUAAAAGUAGGUCCUAUAUCUGGAUUUAGCAUGCGUAAAUGGUAGCCAGAAUUCUCAUGAUCUUGGUAUGCUACUCUCGUAAUCUAACACUUCGGUACUAUGGGUUCCGAUGCGGUCAUUCUCAGGGGAAGUUUUUAAGGUGCCAAAUUAUUUCUCAAGUUUCUGGUCUAUGCUAAUGGUACUGGGGCUCAUAAACAUUUGCUUCUUAUUGAGAGGCCCUGAUCAGUUCUUUUGUGGGCUGACACUGAUAAUUGGAAUUGACCAUCAACAAAGUCGAUGCACAAAUAUAAGACUCUCCACCACACUGUUACUGCUGCUGCGAUUGCCCAUUAACUUCACAUGGAUGUGUUUUUCUAGACUACUCUUGAGAAAGUAAAAUAUUCUGGCACAUCAAGCCUCUAAAGUCUAAACUACUAUUACUGUAAAACAUGUAUGGACAAUAUUAAUUGAAAGCCAAUACUCUAAAGGAUAUUCUUUCAAGACGGAAAACCAAACUACUCAACUUUGCAGGACAAUCGUUAACUCCGGCAGUCCUGUGAACCACAAAAUUACUGCAGAUUAUAUUCGAAAACUAGUUCCUACUCUUCUAGAAUGCUUUCGUCAGUUAUUUCUCGAUAUUCAACUUUCUUACCUUCUUCUUUGCUUCUUGCCCAAUUCGAGAACUUGCUUCACCAUCACUUUUAUCACUCCAAACCCUUAAAUUCCACUUCCUUUCCCAACUAUGAUGACCCAAAUUCAUCCCCACUUCUCAAUCUUCCCACCAGUUCAAUAAGUGCUUCCUUUGAACCCCUAAAUCCCACCAUCGUUCUAGAAACCCUCUCUUGUUACAACAAUGACUGGAGAAGAGCUUUAGAGUUCUUCAACUGGGCAGAGGCACAGUGUGGCUUUCAUCACACCAACCAAACUUGCAACCAGCUUAUUGACAUUCUGGGUAAGUUCUUUGAAUUUGAUGCAGCUUGGAAUUUGAUUGAGAAAAUGAGAAGUGUAUCGUCCAUGCCUGACCAUACCACUUUCCGGGUGUUGUUCAAACGUUAUGUGUCUGCUCACAUGGUUAAAGAAGCAAUUGAUACGUUUGAUAAGACGGAGGAAUUUAAUUUAAAAGAUCAAGUUUCAUUCUCAAAUCUAAUUGAUGCUUUAUGUGAGUAUAAGCAUGUAAUAGAGGCCGAAGACUUGUGCCUCCCUAAGAACAAGAAUGACGUGAAGUAUUCAUGUUUUAAGGUGGACACAAAAAUAUGUAAUAUGCUUCUUCGUGGGUGGUUCAAAAUGAGUUGGUGGGGUAAGUGUAGAGAGUUUUGGGAAGAGAUGGAUACAAGGGGUGUGCAAAAGGAUCUAUAUUCGUACUCUAUUUACAUGGAUGUACAGUGCAAGAGCGGAAAGCCAUGGAAAGCUGUAAAAUUAUACAAAGAAAUGAAGAAGAAGGGAAUUGACUUGGAUGUGAUCGCGUAUAAUACUGUCAUUCGUGCUAUUGGGAUUUCAGAUGGUGUUGAUGUAGCAGCUAAGCUAUGUCAAGAGAUGAUUGAGUUGGGGUGCAAACCAAAUGUUUCUACAUACAACACACUCAUUAAGCUUAUGUGUGAAAAUGGGCGGUACAGAGAUGCAUAUAAAGUACUUAAUCAAAUGCCUAGCAAGGGUUGCGAGCCUAAUGUCAUUACAUACAACAGCUUUUUCGGAUGCCUUGAGAAGCCCAGAGAGAUUCUCAAGUUGUUUGAUAGAAUGGUCGAAAGCGGAGUGCGACCUAGGAUUGACACCUAUGUCAUGCUUAUGAGGAAAUUUGGAAGAUGGGGAUUUCUUCGACCAGUCUUUAUUCUUUGGGAAAAGAUGGAAAAACAGGGGUUGAGUCCGGAUGCGUCUGCUUAUAAUGCAUUAAUUGAUGCGUUGGUGCAAAAGGGUAUGGUUGAUAUGGCACGCAAAUAUGAUGAAGAGAUGUUAGCAAAGGGCCUUUCAGCUAAGCCGAGGGUAGAACUGGGGACAAAGUUGACUAGUGCUGACUGUGAAGGCAGCUGAUGUUUUAUGGAUGCACGUGAGACAGUGGUUAAGAUGUAAAACCCCAUGAUAAACUUCAACAGUUCUUUGUCAUCCUUGUGCUUGGUGGCAGCAGAGCAUCUUCCAAACGUAUAAAAGGAUAUCUCAUCAAUUGGCAUUCUUUGAAGAUAUCAGAAUGCGUUUCAGUGAGCUACGUGUUUGUGGCUGGAUUAUAUCAGGUCUUCCGCAUUUAAAUCUGACAAUCCCUCCGUAAAGCUCAAGUCAUUUUGCCCUAUGCUGAACUGAAAGUUCAAGAAACAACAUGCGCAGAGCAAAUUAGAAUGCUUAUUUGACCUUGCUGGAAAGAAAGAAUCAAACUGUGGUCUCUAUUUGUUGGGAUUCUUUUCAAUGCACGCACCUAUCUCAAAAGAUGGUGAAUGGUAGUGACACAGGUCUUGUUUCAGAUUAUGUGUGUUGAAUGUUGAUUGAGGACCUUGAAAGUCUUGUGCCAAUUUCAAAGGCACCGUGAGAUUCUAUUGUGAAGGAUAACAAGUAACCUCUUUUUUUCUUCAAAAAACCAGAGGUUUUCUUUUGAACUCAACAAACUUGUAUUUAAAAAAAAAAAAAAAAAAAAAACUUGUAUUGUG